AUGCAUCAACCCCCGGGUUUUUUUGACAAACGGCGCCCUCAGUUUGUGUGUCGCCUCAAAAAAUCCCUAUAUGGUCUUAAACAGGCUCCUCGGGCGUGGUAUACCCGCUUUGCCACAUUCAUCAAAUCUCAGGGGUUUAUCAGCAGUGUUUGUGAUCAAUCUUUGUUCAUUUUUAAGCGGGAUCCAGCUAAUGUUGCCUAUUUACUACUUUAUGUGGAUGAUAUUGUGUUGACAGCUUCUAAUGACACAUUACUUCAUGAUAUCAUCCGUGCACUGUCUCGAGAGUUUGCAAUGACGGAUUUAGGUCGGCUUCAUCACUUUCUUGGAAUUAAAGUUGAUCAGUUUUCACAGGGCCUUUUCCUAUCUCAGCAACAAUACGCUAAAGAGAUUCUUGCUCGAGCUAACAUGUCGGCUUGUAAACCCUGCAACACACCUGUGGACCUCUCAUCCAAACUUAGCGCGUCUGAUGGACCGCCUGUUUCAGAUCCGACACUAUAUCGCAGCCUUGCGGGAGCCUUACAGUACCUAACAUUUACUCGUCCAGAUAUCUCAUAUGCAGUCCAGCAGGUUUGUUUGUUUAUGCAUGAUCCGCGCGAGUCACAUUUCGCCUUCAUGAAGCGUAUCAUACGGUAUAUACAGGGUACUCUUGAUUACGGGAUUCGCAUUGGUCGGUCUCGGUCUCACGACUUGGUUGUCUACUCAGAUGCCGAUUGGGGCGGUUGUCCGGAUUCUAGACGCUCAACGAGCGGUUAUUGUGUUUUCUUGGGAGAUAACUUACUGUCGUGGUCCUCAAAGAGGCAACCCACUGUUUCGCGUUCUAGUGCUGAAGCUGAGUAUCGCGGGGUUGCUAAUGCGGUUGCCGAAGCCACUUGGUUACGUAAUCUAUUGCUUGAGCUUCAUACUCCUUUGCGCCGGGCCUCGAUCGUGUAUUGUGAUAAUGUUUCCGCCGUGUAUCUCUCAGAUAAUCCAGUGCAGCAUCAGCGCACCAAACAUGUAGAGAUUGAUAUUCACUUUGUACGAGAGAAGGUUCGCAUCGGUCACAUUCGCGUUCUACAUGUUCCGUCUGCCUUGCAGUAUGCUGAUAUAUUCACAAAGGGGCUCUCCAAGCAGUUAUUUCAGUCAUUUCGUUCCAGUUUGAGCGUUGGACCUUCCCACGUUCAAACUGCGGGGGAGUCUUAG